UACUCCAGCGCACUUGCUUCCGCUGUAUCUUCUUGUUCACCCCUUGCUUCAGAUGUAGAAGCCCCAAUGAUGGCAAGACGUGGCAUAAGGUCUUUCUUCAAGUAUGGCCUUGUUGGAUCAACGGCUGUUGGUACCGGUAUUUUCCUCCACCAAAAUGAUUGGGAUGUGUCGUCGAUGGGGGCAGUCAGAUUUGGCAGGGCAGCAUACGCUGCUUUUAGGGUGGCUGUUGACUACAAAAUAACCUACAGGCAUCUAUAUGACAACGACCCAGAUUACCGUAAAAAAGCAUCUAUGGUACAUUUGCGUUCAGCUUUACGGUUAAGGGAGAUGUGUUGUGCGAAUGGUGGAGUGUUCAUCAAAGUUGGGCAACAUGUCGGUUCCCUGGAGUACUUGCUGCCAAAAGAAUAUGUUGAUACCAUGAAGGUUCUCCAUGACAGGGCGCCGAAGUCGAAACUACAGGACCUUUACAAAGUCAUAGAGCAGGAUCUUGGGCAAAAGGUAGAUGCUAUUUUCACUGACUUUAGCCCGGAUCCGUUGGGAGCAGCCUCAUUGGCACAAGUACAUAAGGCUUAUUUGAAGGACGGAACAGUUGUAGCUGUCAAAGUGCAGCAUCCAACAGUCAAAUCUCACUCUUAUGUCGACAUGAAGACCAUGGAGUUCCUGCUGAAUGCAGUUGCAUGGGUGUUCCCGAACUUCCAGUACUGCUGGUUGUCUGAAGAAACAAAGAAAAAUCUGCCCCUUGAGCUUGACUUUCUCAAUGAAGGGAAGAAUUGUGAAAGAGCAUCAGAAAUGUUCAAGAAACUUGACUUCCUGAAAAUGCCAAAAAUAUAUUGGAAUUUGUCAUCUGAGAGGGUUCUCACAAUGGAGUUUUGUGAGGGAGGGAAAGUGGAUGACAAGGAAUAUAUGAAACAGCACAACAUCUCUGUCAAUGAGGUGAGCCAGAAGCUGGGGAAGUUGUACAGUGAGAUGAUAUUUGUGCAGGGCUAUGUGCACUGUGACCCUCACCCUGGCAAUGUGUUUGUACACAAGACAAAGAAAGGAACAAACAUCAUUCUGUUGGACCAUGGUUUGUACCAGACUCUGAGUGAUGACUUCCGAGUGAACUAUUCGAAGUUGUGGAUGUCACUGAUCAGUGCAGACUUGGAAGGCAUCAAGACCUAUGCUCAUGCCUUGAACUGUGGGGAUAUGUAUGGCUUGUUUGCCUGCAUGUUGACAGCUCGGUCCUGGAAGGCCGUCUCAUCAGGCAUGGAUAAGCAUCCAUUCACAGAGCAAGAGGGAGACGAUAUCAAGGGUAACGUGGCAAGGUACCUUUAUGAAAUAACAUUAAUAUUAAACAAGAUACCAAGACAGAUGUUGCUGAUAUUAAAGACCAAUGAUGUUCUUCGUGGUAUUGAGUCCUCGCUACAGACUCCUGCAAAUGCUACAUCGUUCAUCAACAUGUCCAAGUGUUGUAUCCGUGGACUUGCUCAUUAUCAUCUAAUGACAUGCAGGACAUGGACUUGUCGUCUACGAAUCAGGAGUGAAGAACAAUGGCAGCUUUUCAAAAUAUCACUGUACGAAUUCUACUUGUGGUGUGUCAGUUCACCCAUAGGACUCUAUUUCCUCAGGAAGAAACCUUUGUAUUCUUAGUGACAAAUGUAUCAGGAAUGUGUGACCUUCAUUUUCACUACAGAUUGGAUUGACUUAUGGAUCUCAACUUCUUUUUUCAUUUUCAUUGCCAUGUUACAGUACACACUUUUUUAAGCAUUCUAUUAGGGCUGGGACGGGUAACUCGGGUACUCGGGUCGGGUGGGUCCUGAGUAGGACCCGGGUAUCCACAGGACUACCCGGACCCAUGGUUAGUCACGUGAUAUAUUGUUUAAUGGCAAAAA